GAGUGAAUGGUUUUAAUCGGUGAUACAGCCUCCCCCUCAGCAGUGACGGACGAAAACACAUCCUUCACUGCCAGAGGUAGGCUACUGAACUGAAGCCUUUUAAGUUAGCGUCUGAAAAUGUUAAGAUGCUGAAUUAAAUAGUGGGUUGCAUAGUAGUAGCAGAAUCAUAUGACUGUCACUGAAACAGCACAGCAAGCCAGCUAGCUACAAAAGCUAAGUUAACGAUAGUAUUAACACAAACCGGGUUUGCUAUUCUCCGACAGCUAAGAAGCUUCGGGAUGCCUUUGGAAUUGAUUCGCUACAUCGUUGUUUAGUUACUGCCUGCUUAUUCCGGUGCAGAAUCCUGGGCGUACUUCCAUUUUUCACAUAGGUUGGUUGACGGCACCAGUGGAGGUGGCACCAUGGUGCAAAAAUAUCAGUCACCCGUGAGGGUCUACAAACAGCCCUUUGAGCUGGUGAUGGCGGCGUAUGAGCGGCGGUUCCCCACCUGUCCACUCAUCCCCAUGUUUGUGGGCAGCGACGUGCUGGACGAGGACCAGAGCGAAGACGGCUGCAUGCACAACGUCGAGCGCCGCUGCAAGCUGGACGUGGACGCCCCGCGGCUCCUCAAAAGAAUUGCUGGGGUGGACUAUGUGUACUUCAACCAGAAGAACUCCCUGAACCGCCAAGAGAGGACCCUGCACAUCGAGUCGCACAAUGAGACCUUCUCCAACAGAGUCAUCAUCCACGAGCUCUGCAUCUACUCCGUGCACCCGGACAACGAGGACUGGACGUGUUUCGAGCAGACGGCCAGCCUGGACAUCAAGUCCUUCUUCGGCUUCGAGAGCACUGUGGAGAAGAUCGCCAUGAAGCAGUACGCCAGCAGCAUCAAGAAGGGUAAGGAGAUCAUCGAGUACUACUUGAAGCAGCUGGAGGACGAGGGCAUCACUCAUGUGCCCCGCUGGACUCCUGGCCCCGCCUCCCCAGCCAAGCCCCUGGCGCCGCUGGUGCGCCCCACCGAGCUGCCCGUCACGCCCGCCAUCUCCAUCACGGCCCCCUCGGACAGCGCCAGCGCCCCGCCGGACGCUCUCGCCCUCGUCUGCAAGGAGGGCACCAGCCCCCCCAGCAGCCCCAACGAGCCAGUGGCCGGCACUCCUGAUGACAAAUUGGAUGCUGACUACAUCAAGCGCUACCUGGGAGACCUCACGCCCCUGCAGGAGAGCUGCCUGAUCCGGCUGCGUGGCUGGCUCCAGGAAACGCACAAGGGCAAGAUCCCCAAAGACGAGCACAUCCUGCGUUUCCUGCGGGCGCGCGAUUUCAACAUGGAGAAGGCGCGCGAGAUCCUGUGCCAGUCGCUCACCUGGCGCAAGCAGCACCAGGUGGACUACCUGCUGGAGUCCUGGAGCUGCCCGCAGGUCCUGCACGACUACUACACUGGCGGCUGGCACCACCACGAUAAGGAUGGUCGUCCUCUGUACAUCCUGCGCCUGGGCCAGAUGGACACCAAAGGGCUGGUGCGCGCCCUCGGAGAGGAGUCGCUCCUCAGACAUGUGCUUUCCAUCAAUGAAGAGGGCUUGAGACGCUGUGAGGAAAACACUAAAGUGUUUGGCAGGCCAAUCAGCUGCUGGACGUGUCUGGUGGAUCUGGAGGGCCUAAACAUGCGUCACCUGUGGAGGCCGGGCGUGAAGGCUCUGCUGAGGAUCAUCGAGGUGGUGGAGGCCAACUACCCCGAGACGCUCGGACGCCUCCUCAUACUCCGAGCACCCAGAGUCUUCCCUGUGCUCUGGACACUGGUGAGCCCCUUCAUCGAUGAGAACACCAGAAAGAAAUUCCUUAUUUAUGCUGGAAACGACUAUCAGGGCCCUGGGGGUCUGGUGGACUACAUCGACAAAGAAAUUAUCCCAGACUUCCUUGGCGGAGAGUGCAUGUGUGAGGUGCCUGAGGGAGGUGUCGUGCCCAAGUCUCUGUACCGCACUCCCGAGGAGCUGGAGAACGAUGACAUCCGCCUGUGGACCGAGACCAUCUACCAGAGCGCCAGCGUCUUCAAGGGUGCCCCCCAUGAGGUUGUGGUCGAGAUCAUCGACGCCUCCUCGGUCAUCACCUGGGACUUUGACGUGUGCAAAGGCGACGUGGUCUUCAACAUCUACCACUCCAAGCGGGCGCCCCAGCAACCCCGGAAGGACCCGCAGGCGGGCCACGGCAUCACCUCGCCCGGGGGCAACAACGUGCAGCUCAUCGACAAGUCCUGGAUGCUGGGACAGGACUACAGCAUGGUGGAGUCGCCCCUCACCUGCAAGGAGGGCGAGAGCGUCCAGGGCUCUCCGCGGACGCGGUGGCCAGGAUUCUACAUCCUGCAGUGGCGCUUCCACAGCAUGCCGGCGUGCGCCGCCACCAACCUGCCGCGCGUGGACGACGUCUUGGCCACGCUGCAGGUGUCCUCGCACAAGUGCAAGGUCAUGUACUACACCGAGGUGCUGGGCUCCGAGGAUUUCAGAACGGCUUGCUGUGAUGUGCAGAGUUUGGGUUCAAUGACCAGUUUGGAGUCCAGCCACAGCGGCUUUUCCCAGCUCAGCGCCACCACCACCACCUCCAGCCAAUCACAGUCCAGCUCCAUGAUCUCAAGGUAGAGCUGGCCAAUCAGAGAGACGGUAGGGAUUGGGUGUGAGGGGCAGGGGACAACACUGGCCCACAAUCCCUUGUGCUCCCCUAUCUACAUCCCACAUUUCUGACCCCCUUCCCCGAUCCUUUACUCCACCCCACGUCCAUGAUUCUCACUAACCAUCUCCCCUUUGUGGACCUGAAGCUCGACUGAACUACUGCAUUAAGGGAACAGACACAACAUACAUUGGUCUUGGAUGGGGUGGAAAACAAAACAAUAAUAACAACAACAAAAACAUCCAAACACAAAUAAACAAAACCCCCACUUGCACGCACACCUCUUCCACGUCUAAAGGGCUACGACCUGCCUAGCCGUGGCAAUCAGCCAUGGCAGCAGGUCCGCACACAAGCAGGUUUCCCCUCCUUGUGCUUCAGGCUGGAGGACCGCAAGAGGACCGUAUGGGCCAUAUCUCACUGGACACUCAGCGCAUCCUGGACGCCAUGUUGGACCGAGCAAUACACCUCCCAAAACCAAAGAGGGUUUGGGGACACUGAACUGGAUCCGCUGUUACACACACAACACCAAACUCCAACACAGACACACACACUUUUACAGCGUGUUGUGUACAUGUGGACAUAUCCUUGCACAUACACACACUGAUGUAUACGUGUAUGUGGUGGUGUGGAGAGGGUGUGUAUAAUACAGAGUUACACAGAAUAUGCCAUAUCACCAGGACGAGUGUGAUGCCAUAUCACCAGGACGAGUGUGAUGCCAUAUCACCAGGACGAGUGUGAUGCCAUAUCACCAGGCCGAGUGUGAUGCCUCUCUGGUGAGGGUUUUCAUUUUGUUUUCAUUAUUAGGUCAAGUGUGAGCUGUGGAGAGACUUGGGCUAGAGGCAAUAAUCCCAGCUGAAUUUCUGCUGUCAGACUAAUAUUUAUCAUGUUGAACGUGACGUGUGCAAAAGGAGGCAGCUGGUGUACUCUGGGUGCUAUGGAACACGACCCACCCCCAGCUCUAGUCAGGACCGAGCAGGCCGACGUCAGCGCCUCACCGUUCACAAGACAAGUCGAUCAAGCAACAGGCCAGUUUGCGAUGCUCCCCUGUUGGUCAGUAGUUUUAUAUUCAUGGAGUGGAGUCUUGAACAAUGACUCCUCAGAUGGGCUACUGAUCAAGUGGGUGAGCAGAACUGUCUGUACAGAACCUGACCAUUGGAGGGUUGUGUGAUUUAAUAACGGUUUAAUAGAUCAAACUUUUUUCCUCGUUUGGGAUGGUUUUGGGUGUUCGGAUGACCUGGGGUGGGUUUUGUAGUGAGUGAAUUUCAGAGUUGCCAUAUUUGUGAAGUGGUCAUUUCAACCAAAUAGAGGUCAACUUUGAUAUUGUUACAAAGACAACUUUACUGAUGUUAACCUAUUUGGAAGAGGAUGCUUGAAAAUGGAGAUAAGUUACUUUUUGCAAUGUAAUGCUGGUGUUCCGGGGAUGUUCCCCAAAGUACAAUGUUUUUUUUUUUUUUUUUUUCAAGGAGUUGACAUAACUCACAUUACUGUUGUUGCGUUUAAAGGGAUUUCCUUAAACCAUCACCUUUCUCUAGUGUAUAAAGUUAGAGAGUUUUCCAGGGGCAUACAUUCUUUAGCAUUAUGUGAUUCUGCACAUCAUUCUGUGCAUAUUUCACAGGCAUUGGUUAUUGCAAUAAAGUCCUUGAAUGUUUCCCCAACCAUGUUACAGGCCAGAUGGGACUGGACUUUGAUGUGAUUGCAGAUUGACACCUGAUUUUGCCGUAUGAAAUGGGCCUGUUGUACAGGUAAUGCAAAAAAAGGAUGAAAGAAAGUUCCUUACGUUGUAUUAUUGCCAUUAUCAUCUUGAGCACAUAUAUAUAUAUAUAUAUAUCUCACUAAAAGCAAGACGUGCUGAAGAGAACCAUAUCUUCCUUGAUCUCCUUUCCAAGCUGCCAUUUUACUGUUGUGCUUGAGAUUAUACACUUUUAGUAGGCUUUAGCCUUUCAAACAACCUCAGUAGCGACUAGCUUUCAGAAUCUCUCUCGUGUAACGACGGUCUUCAGGUAGGACAGAGUGGCCAGAUCAAACACCCUGAAUCUUUAAGGCAGCGGUCGAACUAGUUUGACCGACAACGGAUACCAUGCAGUUACCGAAGCAGCUGCGUGGUGGUGGUUUUGUGUGCAUGUGUGAGAUGAGGUGUCAAAUUUACCACUGGCUUUUGGCUUUAGUUUUCAGUCCAGGUUGGAUAUCAGCACAAUAAUUCAGACAAAAUGCGUGAUCGCCAUAAACAAUAAAGACCACGUCAUUGGUCUUCUGUUACAUUAGUAAAAGUAGUGCGAAUUUUACCCUCAUUCACAGUCUUUGUUUUUGAAUCAUUCAGUCUUUUGUUACAUGUACAUUCAUUUUUCACUCUGUGUGUGUGUGUCAUGUUUAGACUUUUGGGUGAGAAGGUGAACAUAGUCUCGAUGUGCUACUGCAUUAACCAAGAAAUGCUUUACUCAAGAGAAGAAAGACGGCUGUGUUUGUAUCAGCUGUGAUUGUGCGGUGACAUAUUGGCUCCCAAUGCCGACCUGUUUUUAAAUUGUAACUUUUGCUUCAUUCUCCCCCAUCCUAAACCUCCCUCACUUUAUAAAGCCUUGUAGUUUUCCCCCAUGGGUCCUUAUUGAGUUGUGUGUGUGUGUGUGUGUUUAAGGGAAUGCAAUGUUACAGUUUUGGCUUUUUUUCCCCGAGACUGAUGACCCUCUUUAAUCCAAGGGAAUUUCCCAUCAUCAGGUCGGCAAGGAUGCCUGUUUGAAAGGUUGCGCUGGAUUUGUGAGGUUUUUCGUGUGACUGACUGACUGCUUCUUACCGCCCCUCAGUAUUCUCAGUCAUGCAGCAGCCUGCCGACAGGAGUCGCUACGUGUUUGUGUGUGGACCGUAUGAAAGAUCGCCUCUCGUUUCUGUAACCUUGACUUUGCCAGUGUAAAUGUCAUCUGACUAAGAGGGCUAAAAGUGUUCUUGUCUUGUCAUUUCCUGAACUCUAAACCACCUCUCGUUGUCUUUUGUGUGCUUGUCUUACUCCAUGUACUGCAUAUCUUUUGAGAAAUUAUUGUGUAUGUCAAAAAAUGUUUAAAUUAAUAUACAAAAUAGCGCCUUUACAUUUUGUUUAAAACUAUUAAACUUGAAUUAUGAGAUUAAAA